CAUAUUUUCCUAUGUUAAUUAUUAUAUACUAUAUUGUUUUAGGAAUCUAGACUGGUUGAUGAGGAGAGUAUCAAUGAGUUCGCACCAUUUACUGAAUUGGAGAAGAUCAUAUGCAAUUAUAUUUUCAAUAAGGAUCUAGAUGGGAGUGAAGUUCUUGCUAGCAUGAAAUAUGAGUAUGGUGAUCGUGCGGCUUUUUUUUCAUUGCUCCCUAACCAAUGGAUUAGCAGUCAGAUUAUUAACUUGACCAUUUGCAUGAUGACUUUGGAAGAGAAAAAGUAUGGACAACUAUAUGCGUGGCAUUUGCCAACACAUUUCUCGCAAAAAAUGAUUGAAGAAGAUGGUAAUCCCACACUGGAAUGGUUUAAAAGGACGUAUAGGGACGAUGACAAGUAUAUGUCAAGAUUGAUGUGUUGUGAACAGAUUUAUAUCCCUAUGAAUGACAAUAAUAGUCACUGGUACUUAUGUGUCAUUGACUUUAGUUCAAGAAAAAAAUGUAUUCAUAUAUUGGACUCUUUGCCAAGCACAACGAGGCAAGACAUUCGAAUAAAAAACGUGCAAACAGUGAUAAAAGGUCUCGAUAAGUUAUUGAGUUAUCUAGAGAAAGACAGCUAUACUAAUAGUAUUACCAAAUUUCCAUUGAAAUCACCCCCGUUGGAUCCUAUACAAGAUAAUGGGUAUGAUUGCGGCAUGUAUGUUAUUAAGCACAUGCAUACAAAAAUUAUCAAACAGAAUCUAACCUUGAUGGAGAGUUGGUCGAAACGUAUUCGAUACAAGUUGGCAUCAAGUCUAGUGCUUUCAAUGGAAAAUGAACAACAUUCAAAAAUAAUAGAAAAUGCUAGAAAAACUACACUACAAGAUAUUUUUCGGUCAUUGGAAUGACAUUGAUUUGUAUAAUUUGAUAAUUGAAUUUUU